GGUUGCGCACCGGCGUCGAGAUAUUUUUGAGCCUUCUCGCCGACCUCCGCGACGCCGAGCAAGGCGUGUGGGGCUGCCGGACUGGUAGGCGGUAGCUACGCUACGCGCGAACAAAACAGGGGAGGUCGGCGAGAGGAGGCCGCUGCCGACUUUGCAAGGGAGACUGACGCUCUGGGCCCAGUUUUUGCCACUCCAUGUGCGUCGGACGGGCGGAUACGGCUCCCCUCCCUGUCUUCUUGGGCUGGCUGCGCUGAGAGCCUGAGCGCUUGCCUGCCUGUGAGUUCUUUUAUAAAUCGAGCGACCGGCUGGUCGUCUCACCCUCCCAUCUUCUCCCGGCCCAUUACACGAAAGCAGAGGCGGCAAGGAGCGAGCGCCGGAGAGCUUGGAGCUGAGACUUGUGCGCGCCAGACAUUCAGCAAGUGAAGAUCGAAAUGGCGCGGAGAUCAGCUCAUGUCGCUCUCUGCUCAUUUGCUCUGCUCCUCCUGCUUCCAGCUGCGUGGUCGGCGACGUUCACGAUGACCAACAACUGCGGCUACACGGUGUGGCCGGGCUUGCUCUCCGGCGCUGGCACGGCCCCGCUGCCCACGACAGGGUUCGCGCUGGCUCACGGCGCGUCGGCGACGGUGGACGCCCCGGCGAGCUGGUCGGGCCGCAUGUGGGCGCGCACGCUCUGCGCCACAGAUGCCACCACGGGCAAGUUCACCUGCGCCACGGGCGACUGCGGGUCCGGCAGCGUCCAGUGCAACGGCGGCGGCGCGGCGCCGCCCGCCACGCUGGCCGAGUUCACGCUCGACGGCUCCGGCGGCCUCGACUUCUUCGACGUCAGCCUCGUCGACGGUUACAACGUCCCGAUGCUCAUCGUCCCGCAGGGCGCGGGCGCCGCCGCCGGCGGAGGCAGCACCAACGGGUCCGCCGACGGCGGCAAGUGCAUGGCCACCGGGUGCCUCGUCGACCUCAACGGCGCGUGCCCGGCCGAUCUGAGGGUCAUGGCCACCGCCGCGGCCACGGGCGCCGGCGGGCCCGUGGCGUGCCGCAGCGCGUGCGAGGCGUUCGGGACGCCGCAGUACUGCUGCAGUGGCGCCUACGGGAACCCCAACACGUGCAAGCCGUCGACCUACUCGCAGUUCUUCAAGACGGCGUGCCCGCGCGCCUACAGCUACGCCUACGACGACUCCACCUCCACCUUCACGUGCGCCGCCGGCACCAGCUACGCCAUCACCUUCUGCCCGAGCACCACCAGCGGCAAGUACUCCGGCGAGAACCCGCAGGCCGCGGGCGUGCAGCCCACGAACGGCAGCAUGGUAUACCUCGGCGGCGAGCAGCUCGCCACCGGCGACGCCCACGUCGGCGCCGCCCGUUCCUCGCUGCUCAUCUUCGCGGCCGCCACCCUCGCCGCCGUCGCCCUGCUCUGAGCUACCCAGCCGGGCAGCGCGUGUGAAAUGGAGGCGGCAAGAGUCGUCGUUGUAAAGCAGCGAGCAGAGCACGCUCGCUACCCGCCGCCGGUGUGGUCUUGUCCUUGUCCGGGUGCGCCGCUUCCGGCGUGACGGAGGCAGAGAUAAGAUUCGAGAAAGGAAAUGCGGGGUCGCCGUCGCCCUGCCCAUGGCAGGCUGACGACACUGCUACUACGGCUAACUCGAGAAAACAACGAUAUCUCUCCACACCGGAUCGCAUCUAUCGCAGCUUUAAUUUCUACUGGUAGCUUAGCUUAUGUCGUAGGGUUUAGGAUAACUGGUAGCAUGUGAUGACCUCUGCAUUCUUCAUUUCUUCUCCACGCUUCCUCGAUUUCUUGGGCCGAGACGAUGUACCCGAUCGUUGUCCCUCGCGCUAUACAUUACGUGAUGAUGAUUAGUUUACCUUUUAACUGUUGGACUGUGGGGAAAAGACGAAAGGGUUGAAAUGUUAUCGAUGUUCCUUGAAAGUUA